CAGACAACUGCUGGGACCCAGACUGCGGGGAGCCCUUCCCCGAGCCGCCCUGCCCCCCCCAGGGGCACCCCCUUCUCCUGGCUGCCACAGCCAACCUGUUAGGCCGGGCCGGGCAGGUCUGGGGAUGGGCGGGGAGCCCUGAGCCUCCGCACCCCUGCUCCUGCUCCUCCUCCUCCCCCACCGCCCUGUGCUGGCACUCAGGCCUCUCCGAGCUGGGCUGCCUGGGGGCCUGAGGCCAGGAAGCCGGGGGCCCCCAGGGGGUGACCCCCAAGAAGAGGGCAGCCGCUUCACGGGUGCCUGCCGGGAGCCCUUCCUGCAGCCGUCGGGGUGGGGGCACCCUCCCCCAGGGGGCCGGGGCCAUGCUGCCUUGCGCCUUCUGAGGCCCCGCACCAUGGCCCGGUCGCUGGCCUGGCACUGCUGCCCCUGGUGCCUGACGGAGGAUGAGAAGACAGCCGCCCGGAUCGACCAGGAGAUCAACAAGAUCCUCCUGGAGCAGAAGAAGCGGGACCGCGGGGAGCUGAAGCUGCUGCUGCUGGGCCCCGGCGAGAGCGGGAAGAGCACGUUCAUCAAGCAGAUGCGCAUCAUCCACGGCGCCGGCUUCUCGGAGGAGGACCGCAAGGGCUUCCGGCCGCUGGUCUACCAGAACAUCUUCGCGUCCAUGCGGGCCAUGAUCCAGGCCAUGGAGCAGCUGCAGAUCCCCUUCAGCAGGCCCGAGAGCAAGAGCCACGCCAGCCUGGUCAUGAGCCAGGACCCCUACAAGGUGACCACCUUCGAGAAGCGCUUCGCGGUGGCCAUGCAGUGGCUGUGGAACGACGGCGGCAUCCGGGCCUGCUACGAGCGGCGGCGCGAGUUCCACCUGCUGGACUCGGCGGUGUACUACCUGACGCACCUGGAGCGCAUCACGGAGGAGGGCUACAUCCCCACCGCCCAGGACGUGCUGCGCAGCCGCAUGCCCACCACCGGCAUCAACGAGUACUGCUUCUCCGUGCAGAAAACCAACCUGCGGAUUGUUGACGUGGGCGGCCAGAGGUCGGAACGCAAGAAGUGGAUCCAUUGCUUUGAGAACGUGAUCGCCCUCAUCUACCUGGCCUCGCUGAGCGAAUACGACCAGUGCCUGGAGGAGAACAACCAGGAGAACAGAAUGAAGGAGAGUCUGGCCCUGUUUGGCACCAUCCUGGAACUGCCCUGGUUCAAAAGCACGUCUGUCAUCCUCUUCCUCAACAAAACCGACAUCCUGGAGGAGAAGAUCCCCACCUCCCACCUGGCCACCUACUUCCCCAGUUUCCAGGGCCCGAAGCAGGACGCGGAGGCGGCGCAGCGGUUCAUCCUGGACAUGUACAGCCGCAUGUACGCGGGCUGCGCGGACAGCGCCGACGGGGGCCGGAAGGGCUCGCGCUCCCGCCGCCUCUUCAGCCACUACACGUGCGCCACGGACACGCAGAACAUCCGCAAGGUCUUCAAGGACGUGCGGGACUCCGUGCUGGCCCGCUACCUGGACGAGAUCAACCUGCUGUGACCCCGGCCCGCCCCGGGCUCGGACCCGCGCGCGGCGGCGCGCAGACAGCCCGGAGCCCCUGGUCGCUGCGGAAAGCCAGCCGCCCGC